UGUAGCGCUCAGAGCAGGAAGCACAGGGAGAAUUGAAGAGGGUUGUGAAUGGGGCUUGAUCGUGUUUUUCCCCCUGCAAUAAUUAAGGAUACAUACUUUGGCCGAUUCUGAUGAGCUGAGAAUCUUCAGAAGGAGAAACCAUAUCCCCACAUUCCAUUCUGGUGCAGACAUUCCAUUAAGAUGCCUGGCAGAGUUUCUUCUUCAUCAGCACUUUCGUGUAUAAGAGGCUGAUUGGUAAUUAGUACAGGAUGAGAAGAUGGAGCAACCACUUAUACCCCCACCAGGACCAGACAGCCUACGUCUCUUCACAAGAGAAUCUCUUGCUGACCUUGAAAAGCGAUUUGCAGAAGAAAAAGCUAAGAAGCCCCCAAAGGAUCGCAGAGAUGAUGAUGAUGAAAAUGGCCCCAAGCCAAAUUCGAACUUGGAAGCAGGCAAAAGUUUGCCUUUUAUAUAUGGAGACAUUCCAUCCGGAAUGGUAUCAGAACCAAUGGAAGACCUGGACCCAUAUUACAGUAAUAAAAGGACCUUUAUAGUAUUGAAUAGAGGGAAGGCAAUCUUCCGUUUCAGUGCCACAUCUGCCUUGUACAUUUUAACCCCUUUCAAUCCUAUUAGGAAAAUAUCUAUAAAGAUUUUGGUACAUUCAUUAUUCAGCAUGCUCAUUAUGUGCACUAUUUUAACCAAUUGUGUGUUCAUGACCAUGAGCAAUCCUCCAGAAUGGACAAAGAAUGUAGAAUAUACCUUCACUGGAAUUUAUACCUUUGAGUCUCUUGUAAAAAUCCUGGCCAGAGGUUUUUGCUUAGAAGGAUUCACUUUUCUGCGAGACCCUUGGAACUGGCUUGAUUUCAGUGUCAUAGUCAUGGCGUAUGUAACAGAAUUUGUAAACCUAGGCAAUGUUUCAGCUCUUCGAACUUUCAGAGUAUUGAGAGCUUUGAAAACUAUUUCUGUAAUUCCAGGACUGAAGACCAUUGUUGGGGCGCUAAUUCAAUCGGUUAAGAAGCUUUCGGAUGUCAUGAUUCUCACAGUAUUUUGUCUGAGUGUAUUUGCACUUAUAGGGCUGCAGCUGUUCAUGGGGCACUUGAGAAAUAAAUGUGUACGAUGGCCCCCUGACUAUGAAGCAAAUAUUACUUCCUAUUUUAACAGUAGUGUCGGCAUGAACGGUUCUUAUAUAAAUAUAACUCUAAAUCCGUUUGACAAAGAAGAGUACGUCCUGCAAGAAAAGAAUUUUUAUGUUUUACCUGGGCAGAGGGAUGCUCUUCUCUGUGGCAACAGCACAGAUGCCGGUCAAUGCCCGAAGGGAUAUGUCUGUUUGAAAACUGGACGAAAUCCUAACUAUGGUUACACAAGCUUCGACACAUUUAGCUGGGCUUUCUUGUCUCUCUUUCGUCUAAUGACUCAAGAUUAUUGGGAAAACCUUUACCAACUGACCCUGAGAGCUGCGGGCAAAACCUACAUGAUCUUUUUCGUUCUGGUGAUUUUCUUGGGCUCCUUCUAUUUGGUGAACUUGAUCCUGGCUGUGGUUGCUAUGGCAUAUGAGGAACAAAACCAGGCAACUUUAGAAGAAGCCGAGCAGAAAGAAGCCGAAUUUCAGCAGAUGAUGGAACAACUAAGAAGACAUCAGGAAGACAUCCAGCAUGCAGCAGCAGCAGCAGAAAACAUGGUGGGAUCCAAGGAGUUCAGUGGUGGAACUGGAUAUGGUGGUCUUUCUGAAAGCUCUUCAGAAGCAUCAAAGCUAAGCUCAAAGAGUGCCAAAGAGCGAAGAAACAGAAGAAAGAAAAGAAAGCAAAAGGAGCAGGGUGAUGGAGACGAAAAGUGCGAUGAUGAAAAAUUCCAUAAAUCAACAUCGGAAACUAGCAUAAAAAGGAAAGGCUUCCGGUUCUCAAUAGAAGGAAACCGACUCACGUAUGAAAAGAAAUAUUCCUCCCCACAUCAGUCUCUACUCAGCAUCCGAGACUCCCUAUUUUCUCCAAGACGUAACAGCAGAGCCAGUCUGUUUAGCUUCAGAGGACGUGGAAAGGAUGUCGGAUCAGAAAAUGACUUCGCAGAUGAUGAACACAGCACCUUUGAGGACAAUGAAAGCAGACGGGGUUCUUUGUUUGUUCCACACAGACACGGUGAACGACGGAACAGUAACAUUAGUCAAGCCAGUAAGGCAUCAAAGACGGUACCGAUACAUCCAGUGAAUGGGAAGAUGCACAGCACAGUGGAUUGCAAUGGAGUGGUCUCGCUGUUUGGUGGUCCAUCUGGUCCAACUUCGCCUGCUGGACUACUUCUGCCAGAGGUGAUAAUAGAUAAACCAGCUUCUGAUGACAAUGGAGCCAAUACAGAGAACGAGAUUAGACAAAGGAGACUGAGUUCAUAUCAUGUUUCUAUGGAUUUUCUGGAAGAUCCUAUUCUGAGACAAAGAGCUUUGAGUAUUGCUAGCAACCUAACAAACACAAUGGAAGAACUUGAAGAAUCGAGGGAGAAAUGCCCACCAUGCUGGAAUAAAUUUUCCAACACAUAUCUCAUAUGGGAGUGUUGCGAUUGUUGGUUAAGAAUGAAGCGUGUUCUCAACAUCAUCGUUAUGGAUCCAUUUGUUGAUCUUGCAAUUACCAUUUGCAUUGUGUUAAAUACACUGUUCAUGGCUAUGGAGCAUUACCCUAUAACACCGGAAUUUAAUGAUGUCCUCUAUGUUGGUAAUCUAGUUUUCACUGGCAUUUUUACAGCAGAGAUGGUAUUCAAGCUAAUUGCCUUAGAUCCAUAUUACUAUUUUCAAGUUGGCUGGAACAUAUUUGAUAGUAUAAUUGUCAGUCUAAGCUUGAUGGAACUUGGUCUUUCUGAUGUGGAAGGUUUAUCAGUGCUUAGAUCCUUCAGAUUGCUUCGUGUUUUCAAGUUGGCAAAAUCAUGGCCUACCCUCAACAUGUUGAUUAAGAUCAUCGGCAACUCUGUGGGAGCCUUGGGAAACUUGACCUUGGUGUUGGCAAUCAUUGUUUUCAUUUUUGCUGUGGUUGGAAUGCAGCUAUUUGGCAAAAGUUACAAGGAAUGUGUUUGUAAAAUUGCACCAGAUGAUUGUAAACUUCCGCGCUGGCAUAUGAAUGAUUUCUUUCAUUCCUUCUUGAUUGUGUUCCGAGUGCUCUGCGGAGAAUGGAUAGAGACCAUGUGGGACUGUAUGGAGGUUGCAGGACAAUCUAUGUGUCUGACUGUAUUUAUGAUGGUAAUGGUCAUUGGAAAUCUGGUGGUGUUAAAUCUGUUCCUGGCUUUACUACUCAGCUCAUUUAGUUCUGACAAUCUUACUGCUACGGACGAUGAUAAUGAAAUGAACAAUCUACAGAUCGCAGUGGCUAGAAUGCACAUUGGAAUAGCCUAUGUGAAGAAAAGUGCAAGGGAGUUUUUUGCAAAUGCCUUUGUCAAAAAGAAAAAAGCAUUGGAUGAAACCAAACCACUUGAAGACAUGCAGAAUCAAAAGGAGAGCUGCAUUUCCAAUCACACCACCGUUGAAAUAAGCAAAGACUUUGACUAUCUGAAAGAUGGAAAUGGAACAACAGCCACCAGUGGAAUAGGCAGCAGUGUUGAGAAGUAUAUCAUAGACGAGAGUGACUAUAUGUCUUUUAUACAUAACCCAAGCCUUACUGUAACUGUACCAAUUGCUGUUGGGGAAUCAGAUUUUGAGAAUCUUAACACAGAGGAAUUUAGCAGUGAGUCUGAUUUGGAAGAAAGCAAAGAGAAAUUAAACUUAUCCAGCUCAUCGGAAGGCAGUACCGUUGAUAUCAGACCAGCAGAAGAAGGAGAGGCUCCAGCAGUAGUGGAACAAGAGGAAAUUAUGGAACCGGAGGCUUGUUUUACCGAAGGCUGUAUAAGAAAGUUCCCCUGUUGUGACGUCAGUGUUCUAGAAGGAAAAGGAAAAGACUGGUGGAAUUUGAGGAAAACAUGUUUCAGGAUAGUUGAACAUAACUGGUUUGAGACAUUUAUUAUCUUCAUGAUUCUUCUUAGUAGUGGUGCUCUGGCAUUUGAAGACAUUUAUAUCGAACAAAGGAAAACAAUAAAGACAAUGUUGGAAUAUGCUGAUAAGGUCUUCACAUAUAUUUUUAUCCUGGAAAUGCUGCUUAAGUGGGUUGCCUAUGGAUUUCAAAAAUAUUUUACCAACGCCUGGUGCUGGUUGGAUUUCCUGAUUGUUGAUGUCUCUUUGGUUAGCUUAGUAGCUAAUGCCUUGGGAUACUCAGAAUUAGGGGCUAUAAAGUCCCUUAGGACACUGAGGGCAUUGAGACCACUGAGGGCCCUCUCACGGUUUGAAGGGAUGAGGGUGGUUGUGAAUGCCCUGAUAGGAGCCAUUCCAUCCAUCAUGAACGUCCUCCUGGUUUGCCUCAUAUUUUGGCUAAUUUUUAGCAUUAUGGGAGUAAAUAUGUUUGCUGGCAAAUAUGGCUAUUGUGUAAAUACCACCAGUGACGAGGUAUUUUUAGACACUAGAGUCAACAAUAGAAGUGAAUGUUUGCAGAUAAUAAAUGAAACGGGUGAUGCCAGGUGGAAAAUUGUCAAAGUGAACUUUGAUAAUGUUGGAUUUGGAUACCUUUCAUUGCUUCAAGUGGCAACAUUCAAAGGCUGGAUGGAUAUUAUGUAUGCUGCUGUGGACUCAAGAAAGCAAGAUGAACAGCCUAAAUACGAAGACAAUCUUUACAUGUAUCUUUACUUCGUUAUUUUCAUCAUCUUUGGAUCCUUUUUCACCCUAAACCUCUUUAUUGGUGUCAUCAUUGAUAACUUUAAUCAACAGAAGAAAAAGUUCGGAGGCCAAGACAUCUUCAUGACAGAGGAACAGAAAAAAUAUUACAAUGCAAUGAAGAAACUAGGAUCCAAAAAGCCACAAAAGCCUGUUCCAAGACCCUCGAACAAAUUCCAAGGUGCAGUCUUUGAUUUUGUGUCGCAACAACCAUUUGAUAUCACCAUUAUGGUUCUGAUCUGUUUAAACAUGGUAACAAUGAUGAUCGAAACAGAUGACCAGACAGACGACAUGGAGAACAACUUGUACUGGAUUAAUGCAGUUUUCAUUGUUCUUUUUACUGGGGAAUGUGUGCUCAAGCUAAUUUCUCUGCGUCAUUAUUACUUUACUAUGGGCUGGAACAUAUUUGAUUUUGUUGUUGUCAUCCUGUCUAUUGUAGGUAUGUUUCUAGCUGAUCUUAUUGAAAAAUACUUUGUGUCGCCUACCCUGUUCAGGGUUAUUCGAUUAGCAAGAAUUGGUCGUAUCCUGCGUCUCAUUAAGGGAGCGAAAGGAAUUCGCACUCUGCUGUUUGCAUUGAUGAUGUCACUUCCUGCAUUAUUCAAUAUCGGUUUACUGCUUUUCCUUGUGAUGUUCAUUUAUGCCAUCUUUGGGAUGUCCAACUUUGCCUAUGUCAAGAAAGAAGCAGGAAUUGAUGAUAUGUUUAACUUUGAAACUUUUGGCAACAGUAUGAUCUGUUUGUUUCAAAUUACGACAUCUGCUGGGUGGGAUGGCUUAUUGGCACCAAUUCUUAAUAGUGGGGCGCCAGACUGUGAUCCACUGGCUGAACAUCCAGGGAGCUCUGUAAAAGGGGAUUGUGGUAAUCCGUCCGUUGGGAUUUUCUUUUUUGUUAGUUAUAUCAUCAUAUCCUUCUUGGUUGUAGUAAACAUGUAUAUUGCUGUUAUUUUGGAAAACUUUAGUGUUGCUACUGAGGAAAGUGCAGAACCACUGGGAGAGGAUGACUUUGAGAUGUUCUAUGAGGUUUGGGAAAAGUUUGAUCCAAAUGCCUCUCAGUUUAUACAGUAUAGUAAAUUGACUGAUUUUGCAGAUGCCCUAGAUCCACCUCUUCGUAUACCAAAACCAAACAAUGUACAGCUUAUUGCUAUGGAUCUACCUAUGGUAAGUGGGGACAGAAUUCACUGCCUUGACAUCUUGUUUGCAUUUACAAAGCGAGUGUUGGGUGAAGGCGAUGAAAUGGACAAUUUACGCCAACCAAUGGAAGAGCGUUUUAUGGCCUCCAACCCAUCCAAAGUCUCCUACGAGCCAAUCACUUCCACUUUACGAAGGAAACAGGAGGAAUUAUCUGCCAUUAUUAUCCAACGCAGCUUCCGUAGUUAUCUUUUAAGGAAAACAAUAAAACAUGCUUCAUUUAUGUACAGUCAGGAGAAGAGCAAAGAAGGGGACAGUCUACUUAUGAGAAAAGAUGUGUUGAGUGAUCGACUAAAUGGAAACUCCACAACGGAGAAAGCAGACAUCACACCUUCAACAACAUCUCCUCCGUCCUAUGAUAGUGUUACAAAACCAGAUAAAGAAAAACAUGAAAAAGACAAAAUAGAGAAAGAAGACAGAGGCAAAGAUGUCAGGGAGCAUAAAAAAUAAUUUCUGUGGCAAUCUGUUUACAGCCUGUGAACAUUAUGUAUUUAUGUCAUCAGGACUCCUUUCAGAGAUUUAUGCCAAACUGACAGUUCUUAUAAAUAUGUACUUAUGGUCAGUGCCUACAAAUCAGACAGUGACCCCCUGUCAGGAAAUAAUUUAAUGACAUUCAGCGACCUUGACUGGAGGCUACUGUUUAAACCACUUCACUACUAUGGAGGCUUACAAUGCAUUGCAAGUCAAUGCUUUGUUGGUCCCUUCAGAAGUAAAGAGGUUUAUCUCCCAGCUGACACUGCUGAAGAGGAUAGUCAACUCGGCUACUCAAACUGUAUGAAAUGGGGACCAUUUUUGUGGGAUACAAAUCUGUACUUUUGUUUUUUUUUUGUGUGUGCGUGUUGAACACUUUAGUAAAAAUACUUGUAUCCACUGUUUGCAUUUCAACUGCCAUAUUUGCCAUAUGUUUACAAAUUAUACGUUUAUGGAUUCAUGGUUUUUUUGAAUUCAUAGGUUCUCUACUAUUAUAUGCGACUAUUUUUGUAAAUGGGUUUUAUGUUGGGAUGGGGCUGUUACAACUUCAAAGGUAUGAGGACCAGGUGUUCAAAAAUAUCUUUUUCUCUUUAACAUAUAUGAAUAAACCUGACUGCAUGAUAGCAUGCUAGACUCAUAGGUCAUGCAUGAAACGAAAAAAAAAAAAAAACAACAUAGAGCUACAGAAAAAAAAAUCCUGAUCAUUACUAUGUGACACUAAGUGUUGGGGUGCUUUAACUGUUCAUGCUGUGUCACAUCAACAAAAAUUAAAUAUGUGCCUGUAAUGUCCCGUAGUCCCACACCAGAGGACAGAUGGAUUCACUUUUUAUGCAAGUUUUGGCUAGUGCAAACAUAAUUUCAGUGCCUAGAACCUGGAAGGUCAACUUGUGACUCGUCAGCUGUUAUAAGAAUGGGCUGCCAGAGAAUACUUGUUUAAUAAAAAAAAAAAAUAGCUGAAGAGGCGCAGAUUGGCCGACUCUGGAAAAAAGGCACUACUCGUGUUUCAUUAUUAUGUGAAAUGAAUGUGUCGAAUAGCACAGGAUUUGACCAAAAAAAUAAAUAAAUAAGCUUUUGUUAGGCUUCAACCUUCAUUAUGUUUUGGCCAUCUUCAGCUGUCAGCAACGUUGACAAAAGCCAACGGAGAUAACUACAUCAUGGUAUGUAAAUAGUUAUUUUAACCUGUGGUGGAUGUUUGAGCAAAGAAAUAAUGACUUGGGCACAAUAUUUAUUGCAUCAAAUAUGUACCACAAUAUGUGUAGUUUGCAAGCUUUUGGAAAAUAGAAAAUAUUCUGUACCAAUAUAAAUAGUUUGGAAGUUAUCACAGAUGCAUGUUUAUAUUGCCUGGGCUGAAUAUAAUGUUUUUUUUUUUUUUUUUAAUUUAUGUUUUUUUUCCAGCAGUCGAUAUGGAAAGCCAUACUCCAAUGGUAAUGCAAGAUAAACUGUUCAACAAAACCUCAUUCAUUUGCCAUUAACCCCUUCACUGCUCUCCAACGUGCUGCAGGGCUCCACCCCUUGGCAGUGAACAGGUUAAUCUAAAGUUUGUAGCUGUUCAUUUUUUUUUUAUUAUUAUAUUUAUUUGUUUUUUUUUUCUCUUGUUUGUUUUAUUUCAUGUCAAUUCUGAUAAAUUUUGGAAUGCUUUAAACUGCUUUAAAGGAUACAGAGUUUUUAAAGAUGAUAUAAAUACUGUAAAUAUUCAUUUAAAUUUAUUUUUCAGCAUUUUGUACAUAGGAGAAGAGAUGAAAACUAACUUCAGGGUUAUUGUUGCGGUCACUUUUGUUACUACCCAUGCAUAGCACUAAUAAAUUGGAGACCUUUACGAAUAAAAGAUGAAGACGUGAAUUGUAAAUCUGCUAUUUUAUUAUAAUUAUUCUGUUUGUUUUUGUUUUUGCUUUUUGUUUUUGCUCACAUGCUGAAUGUGGAUAUGUGUUAAAAUAGGAUCACAGCUCACAUGUAUCAAGACACCUGUGGUAAUUAAACUAAUAAUUCAAAAAUACAAAAUUUGUGAGCACUGCCUGCAUCAGGGGUCAAACAUUUUCAAUGGCAGGGGCUUCUUUAGCAUUGCUGUUUCAGGGUGCACUGCAGCUGAAAGAGUUAAACAUCAUCAUUUUUAUUAUUGUUAUUCUUUGUUGUUAUUUUUUUUUCCCCAUAGUCUGAAUGCAUCAAUCAUCCAAUCCUUGUUGUUUCAUACUGCACUGGAAUGUUUUAGCUAAUAUGUGGGUAUCACAAGCCUCCGUUUUUCCAAAAAGGACCUGACUUUGCUAAUCACAUCAUGUUAGUUUAACUUCUGUUUUGCACACAUGCAGACGUUCGAUGUAGACUCCUUUGCUUUCCAAGACUAUUGCCUUGUAGUGUACUGUGAAUUGCAUGCAGGAAAAUGCUAUUACCUUAAAUUACAGCUGACUACAUUACAAACAAGCCAAAAGAAUAAAGAUUACAUUUUGUAUUGUAUUCAUUU